AUGUCCAAGUCGACCGUUCCCAGUGGCGCAGAUGUACAGACGGGGAGCGGUGGCAACUUUACGGCGAUGGAGAACGAGAUAGACACUGAAACGUCCGUGCCAACCGGUCAAAAACGCAAGAGAUACGUCACGCAGGCUUGUGGCGAGUGCAAGAAGCGCAAAGUCAGGUGCACCGGCGAACAGCCGUGCGAACAAUGCUCGACGAGCCGGUUGAAUUGCGAGUACAGCACCGAGCCGCGACGACGCAAUCAGCAGCAUGCCGGCGUCUCUGAUAGCCCUGGCGAACACACCUCCACCUCGAGCAAUUUUGUGCUAUCGGGCGGCGACGCGGAGAAAUUCACUUCGGAAGUUCUGAACCGACUACACACUAUUUUAACGGAAGUAAGGAUGGUCAAGGGCGCGAUUGGGACUUCUCCCGGGCCGGACAAGCUGACGCCGCUCUCGUCCAGCCUUCGAGGCCUAAUCACUCCUGAGUCCGGCGAGGGUUAUGGGACGUCAGUCGAAGGUCAAAAUCCCGACAGGAAUGUCUUCAAUGGUGGACCCAGCAUUCUCAAGCCGUUGAACACACUUGAAAAAGUAGGAAACAAUGCCGGAGAUGGCGGGAACGAUGACGACGCUGCGAAUUCUCGCUCCGGGGCCAAGCAAGAUUGCUUACUGUCUGCCUGUUCCAAUAUAUCAGAAUGCUACCUGCGUGAGCUUCGACUCUGGGACGCAAAUAUCAGGCAUCAGGGCAUUCACCCUCUACGGGAGCCGAUCGAUGUUUACUUCUCGCUGAUGAAUCCCCAUUAUCCUUGCUUGGACGAAGAUCUCUUUCGAGAGGUGUUUGACCGUUAUGUGUGUAACUAUCUUCUGCAAGACGUUACUCUCGACCGGAUCCAGUUUAUCGCACUGGUCUAUCUGAUUGUGGCCGUGGUCAAAAUCGUCAAGGAAUUCUGUGCCGAGGAUAACGUGGUUCCUGGAUGGUACGAGUUCACCCGAGCAGAGCACCUAUUGAACCAUGUAAUUCGAACAGGGAAAGGGGACUUGGCCACAACGCAAUGCCUAAUCCUCAAGGCGUCAUAUCUAUUGUACAUUGAGCGUCAUGACUGGGCUUACGACGUGAUGGGCACGGCCGUCCGCCUCUGCUUCCAACUGGGUCUUCAUAACCAGAAGUCCUGGACUGGGGCUUCCCCUUUCGAGAGACACAUGAGAAUCCGGAUUUUCUGGUGCAUCUAUUGCCUGGAGCGGAACAUUGCUCACCAAUGCGGAGCGCCAUACCAGAUUAACGAAAAGGACAUUGCGGUGGACCCUCCUUCAGAACUACCAUCCGGCUCACGGGGCUUUGUUGUCAGCGAAGGCAGCAUCAGCCCGAUUCCUAGCCAGAUAGCAACCAUCAAGUGGGCGAGGUUAUGUUCGGACAUGUGGGAUUCAAUGUUUGGUGUGAAGUCACAGCCCGCCACAGCCGAAUUCAUUGCCGUGACUGAUGCCCGGAUCCUUCUCCUGCUCGAGGAAGUUCCGGAACCCCUACGGUGGUCGUCAGAGACCAUCCGCAAGCUCGAAUAUUUACAAUACCCGCACUAUGUGGUGCGCCAGAGUAUUGUCCUACACCUUCGAGCAAAUCAUCUGCGACUCCUUCUUCGGCGGAGUGACUUGUUGGAUGCAAAAAAUGGCGGUCGGACGGCUCCUCUGUGCGUGGAAAUUGCGGCCUCAUCCAUCAAUGCCAUGCACGAAUAUCAUUUUUCGCCGUUGAAACAGAACACUGAACGUUUUCCAACCGUGUCUUUCCUUUCCGGGGCCCUGGUCGCCCUGACUGCUGUGAUCCUGGGCAACAAGGUUGAUGCGAACACAUCUCAGAAAGCAGAGGCAGCCUUUCAGAAAGCCAUUCACUUGCUCGAGGACAUGUCUCCCGGCUUCAGUCUUAGCCGCCGACUGUUGCGCCGUUUUCAAAGCGUCAUUCAGGCCGCGACGCGGACAAUGACCACCGCUCCCGAGGACGUUACUUCAAAUGUCGGCGGUUGUAUUGAUCCGACGUCCUCAAGGCAUGAUCCCGCUACGGCAAGCAAUCAUGCGCUGUUUGACUUGGAGCUAGAAGACCUGAUUCACUUCGACAAUUUUCAGAUGAUGGAGGAUGAAUCGACGUUGUCCUUGUUGAACUCGGCUACCGCGGCUCCGAUUCGAUAUCUUUCACCUCCACAAUCUUCAUUCAGCAAUCACAGAUAA